AUGGCCGAGCCCGGGGCGGGGGACGCGGCGGGGGCGCCGCCGCCGCGGGUGGGCGCGUGGGUGCCGGUGCUGGUGGAGCAGAUGGUGAACGACACGCUGGUGGUGACGCUGAGCUGCGGGGAGCGGCGCUUCACCGGCGUGCUGCUGGACUGCUCCAAGAGGUCUGGAUUGUUCUGCCUGCCAUCGUCCUUCCCCAAGCACGAGGAGCCCCCGGCCGGCGCCUGCGCUAACGGAGCCGCUGACGGCGGGGAUGGGGCGCGGGGCGAGCCGGAGCCGCAGCCCGCCGGCCAGCAGCCCGCCGAGGGCAGCGGGGAGGAGCCGGUGCCGCCGCUGCUGCCGGUGCCGCCACCGCUGCCGGGCGGCCUCCCGCCCUACCCGCCCUACUUCGAGGGAGCCCCGUUCCCCCGGCCCCUGUGGCUGCGGCACACCUACAACCAGUGGGUCCCGCAGCCGCCGCCGCGGACGAUAAAGAGGACGAGGAGGCGCUUGUCGCGCAACAGGGACCCGGGCAGGCUCAUCAUGAGCACCAUCAGGCUGCGGCCCCGGCAGGUGCUCUGCGAGAAGUGCAAGAACACGCUGAACCCCGAGGACGCCGGCGCGCCGCGGCAGAACACCAAGACCAGGAGGAAGCUGAGCAUUCAGGACAAGGAGCAGAAAAAGCACGGCGAGCCUGACUACGCGGAGAAAAGGAACAAAAGAGAGAAGAGGGAGGACGACAAGUUUUCUGGGGAGCUGGUGCAUCGCACGCCGGUUAUAAAAAUAUCCUACAGUACUCCGCAAGGGAAAGGCGAAGUGGUAAAAAUCCCUUCCCGGGUCCAUGGCUCGGUCAAACCGUUCUGCUCAGAGCGAGCGCUGCAGAACGGAGCCGGGGACCAAGAGGAGACCAGGGACUCUGAGCGGUGUCGACAAACCAAAUGUUUAAUGGACAAGUCAGCGGGCAGCCAGCUUGCCUCCAUUCCAAAACUGAAGCUCACACGGCCAGUGCAUUCCAGCGUGGAUGUCCCACCCCCAAAGAUUCGGCUGAAGCCCCAUCGCAUCAACGACGGUCAGAGCGUUUCAAUUUAUAAGGCAGAACUGAUAGACGAAAUCAAUGUCCUCCAGAACAGCAGGGAGCCCAAUCCCGGAGCGUUUUACAACGAUGAGGCCACCGACAGAAGUUUGGCUGAGAUCUCUUCGGGCAGUUCGGGUGAAGAUGAUGACUUUAAAAGGUUUCCCCAGGGUAAAGAUGGACACGAUAACUUGGCUUUCCUCAUGAAUUACCGUAAAAGAAAAGCAGAUUCUUCUAGUUUAUCGGUGUGUAGCAAUGACAGUCUAGAUGAAUCCAAGUCCUCUAGUUCAGAAGUGGCAUCACCGGAACUGUUUGACUUUCUGCCUGGUGAUGAUGCCUCCGUCUCUUCAUCUUCAAAAGAUGAGCGUAAAAUUGUGCCGCCACUGACAGUCAGACUGCACACGCAGAGUGUGUCUAAAUGCGUUACGGAAGAUGGAAGGACUGUUUCGGUGGGGGAUAUUGUCUGGGGUAAAAUUCACGGGUUUCCGUGGUGGCCGGCACGUGUUCUUGACAUAAACCUCAGCCAGAAGGAGAACGGGGAGCCUUCGUGGCGAGAAGCUAAAGUGUCGUGGUUUGGUUCUCCGACGACUUCGUUCUUAUCCGUUUCUAAACUCUCUCCUUUCUCGGAAUUUUUCAAACUGAGAUUUAAUCGCAAGAAGAAAGGGAUGUACCGGAAAGCAAUCACGGAAGCUGCCAAGGCAGUCGAGCACCUGACUCCAGAAAUACGAGAUCUCUUAACACAGUUUGAGACAUAACUUUGCCUCCAGUAUCAGGUAACAGAAGACGAGCACAGCUGUUCUCCUAGAGGGUCACCGCGUGUGGAGCGCCCGGACGUGCUGCCAGGAGAGGCACGGCACGAGGACCAGGCUGCUGGGCACGGUGCUCCCUGUGCCACCCGCCGCGGCUGACAGGCACCGGAGCUGGGGGCUCUGCUGGGCUGAGGCAGGAAAGGAUAAGGGAUAUCUGACCCUGGACUGGCAAUUGACCGGUCAGACGGCAAUGAACUAGGAGAACAGCAAAAACCACAACUCGGAAUGUAUUUAUUACUUAAAAGUUAGCUAUUCUUGAUAAAAUCCCCCAGAUUAUUGCUGCUGCUUAUUUUACUUACAGAUUUCACACCCUUUUUAAUUUUAAAGCUACCGAACUUUCAUUCAAUACUGUACUCUGAGAACUGUAAUCGGGUCAGGACAUGCAACAGAAUGAAAUCAUUGUAGUGUCUUCAGUACAAUGGACUC